AUGAGAGAGCUGCCUCGUUGGUUCACUUCAGGUUCACUCACUGCGACAGCAAUAAAGAGGCCAAUGGUCAUGGACUGCCAUUUCACAGGAUUUAGGGCCUGUUUACAUAGAGGUGGGGGACCCCAGGUAGGUGAGGUGACCUGCUUAGGUGGGGUAACCCGCCUGUCCGUAUAAUCUGUCAUUUUAAUUUGAUCACGUUUACAUAAUAAGUGGGGUGCCCUGUAAUUUAGUAACCUCACCUAUCUGGGGUACCCCAACCUCCAUGUAAACAGGCCCUUAGAUGCAUAUCGCUUGUAACAGAAAAUGAUCUCAUGUCAAUAUCAACAAUUCAAUUCAGAGCUGAUGGCAAAUUCCCCAGGGCCCAGUUGUUCGAAAGCCGAUUAGCGCUUAACCCAGGGUUAAAUUUAACGCGGGUUUCUUUUCCUUGUGUUCAAAAGCAUUUUCUCGGAUAAUUUUCUCUGCUAUUUUUAGAGCUUCCAUUCAUCAACUUGUAGACAAAAAAAAUUAAAACUGAAAUGCUUUUUGAGCUUUCAAAUCUGAAUUCAAAUCUCACGAAUAACCCUGGGUUAUCUUAACCCAGCUUUGAACAACUCGGCCCAGUAUGAUAAUUCAUCAAUGAAGCAGGUAUUGAUCCUACUAGUUAAAUGGCUCUGGCUUAAUUUAGUCUUUUUAUGUCAUAGUUAUAACAGUACUAAAACAUUCCUAUACAGGUUCCUAAAUAUCUCUCCAACUUUUGGAUGGAAAAUACAGAUGCUUCUGGAAUAGUUGGUUCUCUUCAGAUAACAAAGUAAGUUUUAAAUAUAACAUGAAAUCUUUUGACUGUCCCCAAAUGUCCUUAAAAAUUUUGAUAUUUUUCUCAGUCCUGAUGAGCAGAAAUAAAAGUGCAGAAAAAAAACUAAUCUCUCACAAGUAAAAGAAAAAUGGUCCUCAAAAAAGUGAAAGAAAACGUUCUGAUGGGUUAAAUAUGUGGAAGUUUUAUGGUUGAGUUAAAUAUGUUUCAUAAUAGUAACCCAUCAAUUAACAACUGCGUCGCUGAGUGGAGGUGGGUGCCCGGGAUGUCUAGAGGCUUCCACCUAUGGCACGGCCAGCUCCUAGACAGAGUUACGCCCCCAGGGCUGGCAAACCCUCGCCUUCCAGUCAUUAGCCCCAACGCCAAUGAAACCAGGCACCCGUCACACUGAUUAACAGUGGAAGAAUUAAGGGGGGGAGGAAUGGGGGUAAAAGAAUGAUCCAAAGGCUAAACGAAGAGAAUGGCCACCACGAAAACACUGAACUGAGCACAUGGAGGUGAUGCAAGCAAGGCUGACCGCGCUUGAGCCAAACGACCGACCGCUGACCACGCUCGCGCUCCUUGUUGUUAACUCUCUUAAAUAAAUAUUUAUUUAACCUCAUUAUAACCAGAAAGGUUAUCUUUUAUUAGUUAAAAUAGUGGCUUGCUAGCUUUGUAUCCCCUUAGUUGUACAAAAUAUAAACUGCCACUGUGACAAUAACUCUUUAAUUUGACUUCGUCAACAGUAAUCCUCAGAGGAAUGAGGUUAGUGCUUUUUACUGUGUAAGGAGUAAUUUUGUUACAAAUAGUUAUGGUGAGUCCUGGGACUCAUCUUGUGAAAAAUCAUGAGUCCCUGUCCAUAACCAGUGAGUCCCGGUUUAAAAAAACAAGGAGUCAUAAAUUGAAAAUGCUUGGGCCUUUAUGCAACCAGACAGUUAAUCUGGAGACAGAUGCCAAAACUCUUUAUUACAGUUUGCUGAGAUUAAAAUGUGGUCCUUCUAUAUAUUUAAAGCACAAAAAAGACCAAAAUAAAUAUGCGUCUUUAAGCAACAACCACUGAAAUCACACGAACAGGAUAUUCUCCCAAAAAAUCUUGAAAUUGAUCAAUUGUUCUUUGUGUCCUAUGGGACCCAUGCCAUGAAUUAUUUUGCGUCUUUGGGGAUUUUUAUGCGUCAGGGAUGCAGGAUGCAGAGGUAAAGAAAUCACUGUGUAAGAUGUGAGUCCUUUUUUCAAAUACCUGCCUAAGGGGUCUAAUAUUUAUUUAUUUAACAUACCCAUGCAGUGCUCGACACUAACAUUCUUGGACUCUAGGCAAUUGACUAGUGAAAGAUCAUGAAACAAAUCGCUAACCCAUGAGGACAAGCCACUGGUGCCAAAAAAAAUAUCGAAGUGUUUCAAAACGUACUAUUGUUUGUAGCCUAUCCUAGGGGUUUAGAACUUUCAUGGCUUUCAUGAGAUUUUGUGCCUUAAACUAAAAAGCUGUUGUUGUCAUCAUCAUUAUUCAGUAAGGAGAAGGGAGAAAUCUUUCAAGUCAUUUGCUUUAUACUAAGUGGGUCAAUGUCUGGCUAGAACAUUCACAUGGGUUAACUGCUAGCUUCUGUGUUAGCAUGAACUUUCCUUUUUCUAUGUUCUAGUAAGGUCAAAAUAACAUUUUGGAAGGGAGACAAAGGGAAUUGAGAAUCCGUCAUUGUCAAGAAAUUUAACUUGAAUUUAAUUUUGACCUAAAAUAUUAUUCUUUAAAUCAUGAUAAUUCACUUACUUUUGAUUUCAUUAGGUUGUAUUUAACCUAUCUGAUGCAUUAGCAAACAAAGAAGACAAAGAUCAAGAUGUCAAGGUUCCAAGGGAUUACAAAAUGGUUUUGUCCAAAGUUGAGCAGUCCAUAGGAGUGUUUUCUGAAGGUUCACCAGGUAUUUUCAUAUUAUAUCUUCAUAGAGAAAGAACCUGUAUUCCAUAGAAAAUAAUAAUAACAAUAUAGUAAUAAACAACAGUGAGAAAAAAUGUUUUGAUUGAUAGAUGAGAUGGUCUGCUUAAGAAUACCCAACAGCACUGUGUAUAAUUUCCUUGAAUUUGAUGUGUCUUAAGAGCAUCUCAAAGGUUUUUUCUUUUUCCUCAAUUGUAGCUUCUGCAACUGAAGAGGACGAAAAGGUCGAUAAAUGUGAGUUCUUGUUCAUUAAUCUGAUAGUGGUUUGGAAGAUACUUUCAAUUUUAAUUUUGCAUAAAUUCCUUAGAGUUUUACUCAUUUUCGGUCACUUUAUUUGUGCAUAAUUUCUGCUGCUGAUUUUGCUCUAUUCUUUAUUAUUAACUGAUUUUUUAUUAUUCAUUACUGUAGAGAGGUUAGGGGGGUAUAUUAUACCACAUGUACAAGUUAAUACUAGUUGUAGUAGUUAACAAACUACUCUAAUAUUGACUAAUACCAUAAUAUUAUCUUAUAGACAGUAGUAUUCAUAGCUAAGCUGAGUUUCUGUUUUCAGCUCAACUAACUAUUGAAGGAGUUGUUGUUCAAAGAGCAGACUGUCGUCCAGUUCAACCAAGUGCUGAUUAUUUAUUACUUAAAAAGUAAGUAAAGCAACUAUUAGCAUUGUCUUUCUUUCUGCUCUGAGAUAAUUGAAGUGUGCGUGCGGGCAUGGACAAUACAGGAAGUGGCUACAAGUUGGAAUUUUUAGUUUACUAAUUUUCAAUCACAGUGAUGUAAAGAUCAGGCUCAUCUGAUUUAAAGGCAAUGGUGAAGAGUACUUAUUGUGAUUAUUUCAUUGAUAUUGAAGACAUCUCCUCUCCAACUAGACUUCUUUAUUUACUUACUUGAUUUACUUGACAAAAGGUGGCAAACUUGAAGAAUUGCUUGUCAGUUGUCUUUCUUUGUAAAUCAAAAGUAUCAAACUUUGUAUUAAAGUUGUUAAAUUAUUAUAAAAUCAGCUCAGUUGAAUGCCUUGAAAAGUGGGUAAGGAUAGAGGGGCAGGAGCGUGGUAAAACAGGGGGCGGGAGAAGAAAGGGCGGGAAGCAGGAUCUCUAAGAUCGCAGGAAGCAGGAGAGAAAUUCCAAAAGGCAAGCUUUCAUUAUUUGGUACUGCUUAUCAUCCAGUCAAAGAAACAAACCCAACAAUUGUUUCUUGACUUCCAUUUAACAUUCUCCGAGGCUGAAAGCAAAAUUUUGUUUGCAAAAAAAGUCAAGAAGCAAAAAUUUGUACUCGGGAUAAAAAAAAAAACAGCAUUACUUCAAGUGAAUGGAAACCUUUCCAAGUUGGGUACAUCAUAGGGCAUGAAUGAGAUGGAAUGACACAUGUGCAAGUGUGUCGACUGUGUCAGUUGUGUCAGUGUCUCCUGUCUCACUAAAGGGCAGGAGAAUGGGAUAUGGGAAGCGGGAGUUCUCAUUGAAAGAACUGCACUGAAAAGUUUCAAAAUUGACAACUGUGCAUAGUUUGUGACAAAUAAUAUUUUUUUCCUUUGUAUUGACAGGCAGACAAUUUUAAAGUCAAGUAUGUCUGGACGGAAAGCCAAGCAAGUUGAGCGUGUGAUUAAGUACAGGCCAGUGAGUGACCAUGAGAUGAAUGUAAGUACUGUGCAUGUGCACACAGAAUUUUAGAUUUUGCAUUUUUAAAUUGAUUUCUUUAAGCGCACACCUCAGUAUAGAAAAUAAGCUUGAAUGCUCAGAAAGAUUCAUAUAACCAAAUUUCAAAUGCACUUCACCUUUAUUGCCAUCAUCAUAUCAUAUUCAACACCUCUUUUAUCCCUCAGGUUGCUGAAGUUUUCCUUUCCUCAGGGUGUCGAAAUUCCUUUUAGUCUUUAACAGUGCUGUCAACUCUCGCAAAUAUUAAAUCCAGGAGACUCCGGAUUUUGGAUCGUAUCUCCUGGUCUCCAGAUUAGAGUAUGGAAAUUCCCAGAUAAUCGCUGAAGUUUGCCAUUUCUUUAGUAGACUUGACUUUUUGACAAUGAAAUUUCAGCUAUUUUGUGUUGUUUAAGCUAUUUUAAUGUUAACAUUGAACAUUUCCACAUAAUCUCCAGUAAUUCCCCUUGUUACAAUAAUAUAAUGUGAUUGGUGAAAUUAAGUAAAACAAUCAGGUCAAAUGUUACAGUGCUAACAACGUCUUUUUUGCGCGUUUUGUGUCAUCACAAAUUUGUUACAAUCAGGGUCAACAAGUAUUUUUGCACAAAUGACAUCAUGUGCCGCAUGUUAUGACUUCAUCUAUCAUCCUUUCCCUAUCAAUUCUCAAUAAUUAUUUGAGGAUGUAUUGGUUUGUCAGCCCAACUUUAAAGGCAUCAUUUUAUUUUCAGAUAAAACAUGAGAAGAAAAAGAAAGAAGAAGGAAAGAGGGCUCGUGAAGAUGAAGAUGUCGUUAAAGCCUUGCUGUUCAAUGCCUUUGAAAGGCAUCAGUAUUACAACUUAAAGGAUCUUAUUAGCAUUACAAAACAACCAGUGGUAAGAAUUGCUUAUGAAAUCCUGGAUGUACAGCACCCGGGGUGA